AUGGUGUCCACAGUUGACAUAUUCUGCCUGCCAAGCCAGCCUUUAACUUAUCUUCAUUGUUUACUUCCAGGGGCUGCAGUGAACCUCACUUUGGUCACUCCAGAAAAGGCCAUCAAGCUGGCAGCCAAUGACUUCUUCCGGCAGCUUCUCAUGGAAGAUGGGAAGCAGCAGAAUCUGAAGAUGGAGAUGAUAGCUGGAUGUGGAGCUGGAAUGUGCCAGGUGGUAGUUACCUGUCCCAUGGAAAUGCUCAAGAUUCAGCUGCAGGAUGCUGGGCGUUUGGCAGUCCAUCAGGGUUCGGCCUCAGUACCUUCCUCCUCCAGGUCCUACGCUAUUGGCUCGGCUUGCGAGGCUUCCACACACAAGCGCCCAUCUGCCACCCUCAUUGCCUGGGAGCUGCUUCACACUCAGGGCCUGCCUGGUCUCUAUAAGGGCCUUGGUGCCACUCUCCUCAGAGAUAUUCCCUUCUCCAUCAUCUACUUCCCACUGUUUGCCAACCUUAACAGCCUUGGGUUCAACGAGCUUACUGGGAAGGCUUCCUUUGCUCAUUCCUUUUUGUCAGGCUGUGUUGCAGGUUCCAUAGCUGCUGUCACAGUAACACCCCUGGAUGUUUUGAAAACUCGAAUCCAAACCCUCAAGAAAGGCCUGGGUGAGGACAGCUACAGUGGGAUCACUGACUGUGCCAGGAAACUCUGGAUCCAGGAGGGACCAUCUGCCUUUGUGAGGGGAGCAGGCUGUCGAGCCCUCGUCAUAGCCCCGCUCUUUGGGAUUGCCCAAGGUGUCUACUUCAUUGGUAUUGGAGAACGUAUCUUAAAGUGUUUUGAGUAGAUAUAGCUGGAGCUCAAGUCCCUUCACUGGCUGCCAUCUGCUAGCCCAAUCUACUUAGACUAGAGAG